CAAGCCAGGCAUUGCCAGACUCACCCGAACGCGAGGAACCGGUAUUCAAGCGCAUCUUAUACUUAGUUGCAAAUAUAGGAAGACAUCUUAAAUUGACACACAAAAGAAAUAUUUGAACAAGUUAAUUUUUGGCGGACAAGAUGAUACCCGAAUCUAUAAAAUACAGCGUAGAAGACAAAAAGUAUAAAGACGAUAGCGUUUUUCAAAUUAUUAACAGUAACUACUUGACGUUAGAUGACAAUCAUCGGAAAAGUAAUAAUGAACAUUUAAAAUUGUUAACAGGUAUAUAAGAGUUAUUAUUGGAAAAAUAACGUGAUAAGAUUGAUGUGUUAAAAAAAUCGAUAUCUUCCGGAAUUUUUUCAUAAACUACCGCAUUUAGCACAAGACAUUUUUCAGAUUGUUGAGGAAGUUUUCAUUCCAUUAAUGAAAGAGGAUGAACUUUUUAAUUUAUUGUACAAAAGAAUAAUGUGGGGUGGAAGUUACUACAAAGGUACCAAAUAUGGAGUGCCAAAUGAAUUUGAUUUGGAUUUCGUUCUAAAGUUGCCGAUUGAUUAUAGAAACAUUCAAAUCCGUACCAAUCAUGAUAAUUACGGAUACGUUAAACUUGAGGUUGAUAGAACGGAACCAAUGUCCUCUAACUGGCAAAAGCAUAAGAAAAUUCUUGAUAAGUGGAUAACUAGUGAUGAUUAUUUGGAUCGAGAUAGAUUUAAUCGUUGGAUGCAGAGCGUUUUUGAAGGAGCAUUUCGAAGAUUGGGAGGUGGUACAUUAAAGUUUGACUACACUGUUAGACAUAGUGGACGUGCCUAUGUGAUGAGAUAUACCAAAAGUGGUCCAGCUUUCACAGUGAUCGCUACAACUCCGGAAGGAUCUCAGAUCGAUAUCGACAUGGUACCGUGUUUUGAAUUCAACAAUGCUGAUUUGGGAAACGGUUACAAGAGACUUAACGGAUACCAAAAAACUUGGAUGGUUGUUUCGAAACCCUUACCGGAUUACAAUGAAGAUGGAACAAUUUUAUGGAGACUCUGCUUUUACCAACACGAAAAAGAUCUUUUGAAAGGGGAUGUUAAACCUGUCAUCCGAAUGAUGAAAAAAUUUCGGGAUACUAAGGAUUGGAGAAGUAUAGCUAGUUACUACAUCGAGACUAUUUUUUAUCACGAAUUAGAAAAUCGUAGAAAUGACUUGGACAAUUAUUUGAAAGCCUCUAAGACAUGGCUGUUCAUGACUGCCUUGAAAAAAUUGAGAGAAGCUUGUAGAGUGCGGAGACUGGCUUACUUCUGGCAUCCGAAUCAUAAUCUAUUUGAAAGAAUCAGUAACGAUGAGCUUACUAUUUAUGCCCAUACUUUGGAAAAGAUUAUUACCAGAAUUGACAGACAAAUUCUGGAAAAUAGAUAUAUAUUGGCAAAAGAAGUGUUGACACGUAAUGAGUACUUGGAAAUAGCACCAGAUAUGGGGUUCAAUCCAGAACCAGCUGUAGAAGAGCAGGCUGAACCAGCUCCUUCGAAAUGUAUUAUACUUUAACCUAACAAUACGUAGGGUUAAACUGGAGCCACAAAUUUGAAACAUGUCAAACCUUGUACUACUUGGAUGUACUCAUAUUUUUCGUACUUUUUACUUUUAUCGUGUAUUCCAUUUUCAAUAAUUUGUAAUAAAUUGACUACCUACAUAAACAAAA